AUGACUGUUUCUCUUGUUGUAAUUAUGAGUGAAGUUACUGACGGUUUAUCUUACAUUGUUCCCUCAAUAGUUACAGCAUUAACAGCAAAAUGGGUAGGAGAAGCAUUCGGUGAAGGAAUCUAUGAAAGUGUCACAUUAAGUGGAAAUCGUAAAACUUUUCGUUUUACUAUAAAAGCUGGUGAAGCAAUACGUGCUAAUCGUUUCGAUGAAGAUCUUCCAAUACUAUGUACAUAUCAAGAUAGUAUGACAAUUGCAUAA